CAGACGAGCAAGUGACUGCAAAGUGCGUGGAAACUACAAAAGGCAGGAAACACUAGACAGGUGGAAUUCUUUAUAAAGAAUGGGUUGCCGUUUUCUCCUUUUAUUUGCUGUUUGUGGAAUUGGCUCAUCUAAGGAUUUUCAGAAUCUCUCAGGAAUAUGUGGAGGCUCUAUACUUUUUCCAGUUCACAGACUAGAUGACACUGAAGUUAUGAACAUCUUAUGGACCCGUGAGGAUGCUGAACAUAAAACCAAGAUACUGGCAGAUUUAAAGAAUGACCGGCUGAAUGUAAUAUUUAAAAAAUUUCAAGGACGGCUGCAACUCCAGAAUUCUGGUUACUCAUUACACAUGAGCAAUCUGGAAAUGGGAGACAGUGGUAUUUACAAAGCAUUAAUUUUCACAGAUGGUGACACCAUUGAAUUAAAAUACAGAUUGCAAGUGAAUGAAAGAAACAACUCAAACAGAGGUUCUUACAUCUGGAUGAAUAUCUUGAUUGGCCUCAUCAUAGUAUGUAUCUUCAAUGAGGAAACCAUAUAAUGCUGCACCAACCUGGACUGGAAGUUGAUUACCUUGUCUUCUUACAUAUUGGCUUUUUACGUAUUGUAAUUAUGAAUAUUAAUAAUUAAUAACAGUAUAAAACUACUGUCAGCGAUAUCUACAAUUAAUAUAGCAGAGCUUUGUAGAUACACUUCAGUAAGAUAUUAAAUCUCUGUAGUGUAUUCCAAAAUAUCACUGCUGCGAUAUCUAUAAAUUUGACAACAAAAUUAUUAUUAAAAAUGUAUAUUUAAUCCUUUGUUCUGAUCAGUUAUUUGUAUAGACACAUUUAAUUAUAUUUAUGUAAAAACUAGAUUAUGAAUCAAUUAUAAACGCUUAUUCUGUUACAAUUUUCUAUACAAAACAGAUCAUAAAAUAUAUCUCUAAAAAUUAACCUUACAAUUAAUCGCUUAUUAAAAUACCACAAAUAAGAAUACCAGAACGAUUUAUAAUUAGCCAACGACACAGCAACAAUGCUGACAUAUGGACUGCUAACUAAACAGUGCUUAGUUAACAAUAUAACAAGAUACUUCACACCAAUCUUGCUAAAUCUCAAUAAAUCUAGGAGAACAUUCAGAAAAGUAUAAGUAAACUAUUUAGCCCACAAAUGGUUCUAUAUAACUUCAAUUAAAACACCAGAAAUUGUAUAUUAUUAAUGCAACAGCCAAUGUAUAUGCCAAUUAAUCUGGUCUGAAACAACCUCUUAUUUAGCCACAAUAAAACAAAUUCUAAGAUAUAUCGCAAUAGCUGCAACUAACUUAUGACAUUAAAAUACAAAAAUUAUUUCUAAAUAUUAAUAUUUAACACCAGUAUAUUUACUACCCUUGGUCUAAUUAAUAUUAAAUAUAAGAAUAAGAUACCUUUUUAACUCACAGCUGUAGUUUAACUAUGCUAUAAAGAAUUUCUUUGCUUUAAAAUAUUAAAUUAUAAACAUCACCAUAAUACAUUACCAGCAAAUCAAUGUAUGAGAGUUUCAGCUUUCACAAUAAAUUAUUUUCACCAUCAUAUAAAGAUAGAAUGCACAUGUAUGGAAAUAAUGUUAAGCUCAAUUUUUGUCUUACAAAAACGUUGUGUAUUUUCAAAGGCAGCAUUUUAAGUCAGUAAGUCAAUAUCACCAGGGUCAGCAUGCAUUACUUUUUUUCCCUGUGCAUGAGACUUUUAUCAAGUGAUUAAAGCCCACCUCUUUUUCUAAUCAUUGGUGAAAAUUUGAAUACGCACUAAUCAGAGCUGAACAUCUCAUUGGCCCGGGGAAAUGUAUGUCUUUUAACAGCCAACCCCUCCUGGCUGCAAUACCAUUUCUGAACCAUUGGUGGCAGCAGUCAACAGAAUGCAGCUUUGUUUGCAAACACCACUGUAAAAAUAUUCUUAUAUAUUUUAAAACAUAUAUUUAAUAUACUCAUUGUUUCCUGAUAUUAAUAAAUUCAUCUGGUCCACAUAUAUGGGACUAUCUAAUACUACUGAAGAUGUGUGUAUCAAUAUCAAACGCGAGUAUAUUCCACUUAUAAUAUACCUAAAAAUAUAUACUGUAUACACUUCCAUUACAUUUAGAUAUAGACCUGUGCAAAAUAUUAAAUUUAUAUAAUAUACAUAUAAUACAUACUUCCUACUGACAAUGUCUCAAGAGAUGUAUUUCAAAGGCAUAUUUCUAAUUUGACACUUAAAAGGAUUUUAAUAUUUUAAGCAUGAAUUUGAUUAAUAUUUUAGUUCAUAUCCUGAUAUAAUGUUUCCACCUUUUCCAGUUAUCAUCUUAAUAUUACAUACAUACCUUGUGAGUAGCAGUCUGAUGUAAUUUCAUAUAGCUAUAUUUACAUUUGAUUAUUAUUACAUAUUAAUAUAAAUAUUACAUAUCUGUGGAUAUCUUUUUAAUAUUUAGUGUAUAAGCUAUAUGAUAUGAUUCAGGGCACACAUUAUAUAGGCAUUCAUAUAUCAGUAUCUACUAGUCAUAUCUGGAACCUAAUUUAUAUAUCAGAUGUCUGAAAAACAAAAUAAUGUUAUUUAGUUUGAAAUAAGUUAGACAUUUUAAAUUCAGGACAUUCAUCCAAUAUGGUAUAUUGGGCCUAAGACAAUCUUCUAGAUUCAUAUACAUUAGUUAUAUAAUCUGAGUCUUAUAACUAUAUGAAUUUAAACACAAUUCAUUUCAUAUGACUCAUAGCCUUACAUAUGUUGAUAUCUAAACUAGCAAUUUUUCCAGACGAGAAUGUGUAUUGGACCUUCAAAGGAAGACCUAGUGAAUCAUCAUGUUGAUUAUCACAUGUAUCUGUUAACUUACAAUAUUGUGGGAUUCUGCUAACAGAACAGAAUUGUGUUUCUGUCACCCCAGGGGCAUCCUGAACUAGGUCUGUAUCAGGGCAAUUGUUUUAAUUGAGUUAUUUAGAAAUACAUCAAAAUAUAAUCUGCAUAGUGAGUGGGAAGAGGUGUCUAGGCUGAAAGGUUUGAUUUACAAUUUCUGUUAUGGCUAUAGCCAAAUCAAUUCAUAUUAAGUAGAUAUUAGCUCAAUUGAAUUAUUAAAUUAUGUAAUACAUAUGUAGUUUAUCCAAUGCCACUCAGCAAUACCUCAACAGGCUAUAUGUGCUUUUACUGUCGUGUGAUGGUUCCUUACGUUUGAACAAAGUGAACCAUUUAUUUUCAUCCAAGCCUGCAUCUUUUGUACAUUCUGUAAGUUGCUUACCUGCCAUGUACACAUUUAAUUAUAUUUAUGUAAAAACUAGAUUAUGAAUCAAUUAUAAACGCUUAUUCUGUUACAAUUUUCUAUACAAAACAGAUCAUAAAAUAUAUCUCUAAAAAUUAACCUUACAAUUAAUCGCUUAUUAAGGAAGACCUAGUGAAUCAUCAUGUUGAUUAUCACAUGUAUCUGUUAACUUACAAUAUUGUGGGAUUCUGCUAACAGAACAGAAUUGUGUUUCUGUCACCCCAGGGGCAUCCUGAACUAGGUCUGUAUCAGGGCAAUUGUUUUAAUUGAGUUAUUUAGAAAUACAUCAAAAUAUAAUCUGCAUAGUGAGUGGGAAGAGGUGUCUAGGCUGAAAGGUUUGAUUUACAAUUUCUGUUAUGGCUAUAGCCAAAUCAAUUCAUAUUAAGUAGAUAUUAGCUCAAUUGAAUUAUUAAAUUAUGUAAUACAUAUGUAGUUUAUCCAAUGCCACUCAGCAAUACCUCAACAGGCUAUAUGUGCUUUUACUGUCGUGUGAUGGUUCCUUACGUUUGAACAAAGUGAACCAUUUAUUUUCAUCCAAGCCUGCAUCUUUUGUACAUUCUGUAAGUUGCUUACCUGCCAUGUAUAUAUUUAAGAAUUUUCUAUUUUCACAGAAACAUGGAACUUGUACAAUUAAACCUGAAUAUAAAACAACCAUAGAGUUAUUUGUGAAGAAAAAUUACAAUACAUAAAUAAAAAAGGAAAAUGUUGACCAAC